UAAAUUCGUUGAUUGCUAUACAGAUAGUGUAUUCAUAAAAUUAAAAAUUUAAUUUUAUGAUAUUAUUAUGAAUGAAAACGGUAGAAGCACUAGGUCUUUAUUCGUUAAACAAAGCAUUGAUAACAUCCAUGAACAUAAAUUACCUAAUCUUACAUUAAAUUAUAUGGGAGAACGACUGAAUAUUGAUCCUGCUAUUGUUAACAAAGGAUUUCGAUUGAUAGCCAUAAAGGCAACUACAGAAUCAAAUAAUUCACGACUUUUGCAGUCUAGAAAUUCAUUUUAUAAUAUGAAAGAACCAGACGUUGCAAAGCUUUUAAAAAAGAAGUUAAAACCUUUACUUGAAGAAGAAAAAGAGUUAAACACUGUAAUAAAUCAACAAAUAUGCAAAAAAAAAACACAUUUAAAUAUCAAACAAGUAAUAGAUGGUAACAAAAUUAAUUGAAAAUUAAUAAUCAUUCAAAAUAUGGAAACGUAAAUAAAUGUAAAACAUACG